GGGUGACGCCUCUCGUGCGUAGCUGCAGCGUCCUCGCGCUCCGUGUUGUCAUGAGCAACGGAAGAAGAGGCACCUGAACGCGGCGUGUUUGGGAUGGACAGUGGCUCCAGACGCAGGUCCAAAAGUCUGUCCACACUCCUGACCACUCUGAAACGAGUCUUUGACAUCCUGGAGCCGGAUCCGAACGGCUUUGUCCACACUCAGCACGUGGUCAGGUUAGCAUCACGGUUUGGAUCACACGAGCAGGCAAAGAAGUUAGUUGAAUGUUUGGACCCCAGCUCCCGAGGAAAGAUCAGAUUUCUUCACUUCUGUUUUGGUGUUCUGGCCAUUAAAGGCUACCGCGGGUUACCCCAGAAGACACAUGACGCUGCAUCCAACAGCUGCCCACGUCUUUCCUCACCCAAGUUUUGUCAGGUAGGUAAAGUCGCAGCUGGAGGUUACAUGCAUCUGAGAGUAUAA